GCACCUAUGCCAUCGCCAGGCAAGACCACAAUCUUGUACGACAUUUUGUCGAGUCGAGAGAAAGCGCGACGGCGGCUUGUCCUUCUGCUGUCCCCUGCUGUCUGUGCGCGCCUGUCCGGGCGCAUCUCAUUCGGCUUCUCGCGAUGAUUCCCUUCUGUCUUCGCCGCUCACUUGGUGCCUUCACAAUCGAAUGGAUGCCAAAAGCCUGCCUCGGCUUCUGCCCAACGCCGUCCUGUCACACAAUGACGUCGAGCUGCUCGUCCUGCUCUCGAAGAAAGCUUUCUCGUCUGGCGAGACCAUCUCGGGCAUUUUGCAACUAUCGGCAAGCUCGGAACACAUUGCACUCGGCGAGAUUGCUGUCAAGCUCCAAGGCAUCGAGGAGCUUGAUGCAGACGUAGCAACGCUUGCUUUCCUCGAAAAGACGACACUUUUUCAAUCUGCGUCGUUGCCACCAUCUAAUGCAGUCUAUGCCGCCGAGAAUAUCGAUGGAACAUCAUUCUGGCGUGCUCGCAAAGGAAGGUGUCGUUUCAACUUUCAGUACGAACUGCCUUUCGACUCGCCGUCAAGCGUAAACGUCCCCAAUCUCGCCGGCGUGACUUAUGUUCUCACUGCCACUGUCGCAAUCAGAUCUAGAGAUGGCACAUGCUCAGUGCUCAGCCGUCAGAUCAUCCUGAGCGUCACCGAGCAGCCUGAAAUCGCUGUACAAGCUCACCUACCUGUCAUUGAAGAUUCGAUACUCAAAUUGCCAAGUCGUGGCCCUCGAGGCGAUAUUGCUCUGGAAGGCCGCUUAGAUAGCGGCGUCAUCAAUGUCGAUGCCGGGCAGCAAAUUGCCGUACGCGUCAAAUGCAGAGCGUCUGGCGCAGGUCGACUUGGCUACACUUCAGUCGCACUGAGGCGACACAUCACUCGAGGCAAAUCUGCAACAUUGGGACGCGCCACGAAUCCCAUUGAUACGUCCGUCAUUACUGAUACACCUUUGCAAAUCUCUAGCGAACAAGACACGAGUCAAGUCGCCUUAUUGCCGAUUCCCAAAAUAUGCUCGGUGCAGUCUGCACAACUGUUCGAAGUUCAGUACGAUGUUGCUAUCACUAUGCUCAUUGAUGCCUCAUGGGGCGAUGUAUUGCAAGUAGUGCUUCCAGUGUUGCUCGUCAGCGGUAGCAACCUUCCGAUUGACCAUAGCGAGGCAAGCAUCGCAAAUGAGCAGACUCUACUCUCACACUCAGGCUCUCAAUUCUCUGGCUACGGCGCUGCUGGCUUGUCGCCGAGUCUCCACCGCUCGCUCUCGACUGGCUCUCGCAACGUGUCUGCGGAGUGGCUGUCGCCGUCCUACGCCUCCACAGAAGAGAUCUCGCCAUAUGUAGAGCUCCUCAACCGUGCAAGAUCGAACUCUGACCCCGCUUCCACUACGUCGUCAGACCCUUACUUGACUUACGAAGCGCCGCAGCUACUUUCUCCUAGACCUGCUCACGCAUCCCUGCGGUCUCCCACAUGGAUGGAUGAGAGUCCUCCUGUUGACUAUUUCGAUCGCAUGGUGCGGCCAGCGCCAACGUUCGAUGCAUGGCCAUCAAGCGCUGAUCUCUUCUCGAUCCCUGCCAAUGCUGCUGCAAGCCUGCUUCUGCUUCAGCCUGACCUGAAGCGAUCGAGCUCGAGACGAGCGAGCUCGCAGAGCCUUUACGAGAUCGGAGCAAGCACUGAUCUGUACCCAAUUCAAGAAGAUGUAGAAGUCGAAACGAUUAGGUCGCUCAUUGCACUUGAUCUCGCAUCCUCAGCACGGACCGGCACGCUUGAUAAGACCUUGCCUGGUCUGCCUCGUUCGCACAAAGGGUCUAAGCCAGACAUCGCAAUCCGUCCCUCCGCAGCAAGCAUCUUCUUGACGGGCGAAGCUAAAGACUCCGACCACACCAUCGAGCAAACGCCUUUCACCGCCGGCGCCUCUACCAGUGCAUGGGCAACGGCCACGAAAGACCUUGCCGGCGUACUAACGAGGAUCUCAGAUACGCCUUCGCUCCGGUCGCAAGCAUCUACGGCUACUCUGACUCCGCUAAGCAUGCCCUCGACGCCAGUCGAGCCAGUCAUCGCUCUUGCUGGCGCUGGUCUAGCAUCACUCGAGCGUCGACUCAGUACAAGCAUAGGCUGUCGCGCAGAACCACUAUCGAAGCGAGAGACGCGUAUGCAGCCCGAGGCAAUGUCUAAUCUGCCCACGCAACAAUCGCGAUCGAUCGCGCCUAUCACCGCAAUGACCAGCGAUCAGAUACCUUGCUGUUCAAAGACGCCUACACUGCCAGAGGUUGUAGCACCUCCACUCGACGCUUCAACCGUGAAGCAAGCCACACACGAUCUCCAUGAAGUUCGAGAACUCUCCGCUGCUACUGACGAGACAACGCAUGGAACGCGUGCGCCCCCUCAUAUCGUUCCAGCAUCUCUCGGCUGUCAGGCAACGGAAGCGGCUCCCAAACAGUAUCCCAUGAAGUCUACAAAGUCUGUAGCAUCACAGCAAGACAAGCUGCUAGUAAUGGCAGAGCAUCUGAGUGCGCCAGCCAACGUCAAGACACUUACAUCACUGCUUAAAGCUCGCGCGCCCGAUCUCUCUACGAGUCACACGUCUGACACGCUCAAGAGGGUCAAACGCCCGCCCGUCAAGUCACUCAUCAGCAUAUGGGAUUCGAACAUGUAGCACAAGAGCAUGCAUUUGGAUGCAUGACUACAAGCGUUUGGAGGUCAUGCUAAUGCUCGUGUGAUGCUAAAAAUGUCCAAAAGAAAGGUCGGAGGCGGGCGUGUAUGGUUCUUUGCUUCAAGACAGGGAGUGGGAGGUCACAGCUUGGAUUCGACCUCGAGCGCAGUGUUGUCGGCCGCACGUUUGCCGCCCAUGAGUGCGUUGGCCUGAUCUCGGCGCUGCUG